AUGGUGAUUCCAUGUGGACCACUCUUAAAUAAAAACGAGAAACACGAAGAGAAACUGGUCAUGUUCACCAAUCAGUCAGAAGAUUCUGAAAGGUGUGAGAGCGCGGAGCUGGAUAAUAAGAUCCUCGGUCAGAUCGAGAGGAACACUUCCGAUCCCAGAGGGGUUCGCCCGGCGGCCACGUCGAGUCAUAGAAAUCCCGGUUCUGUGAAGCCUCCAGGAAAAACCGCUUCUGUGGCACAUUUCUUACAGAGCACAGCUAGAAUGAGUGGUGCAGAAAGUUCUACGGAUCAUGCAGAGUGUGCUCAAUCGUCAAGAAGAAAGAACUUAAAUUCUCUUGAACAAAAGAUAAGAUGUCUGGAAAAGCAGAGAAAAGAGCUCCUGGAAGUUAACCAGCAAUGGGAUCAGCAAUUUAGAAGCAUGAAAGAGUUAUAUGAAAGAAAGGUCGCAGAGCUGAAAUCGAAACUGGAUUCCGCAGAAAGAUUCCUGGGAACACUGGAGAAGGAGCGGCUGCAGAACCCCAGCGAGAGCUACCCGCCGCGCUGCUGGACCAACGAGUCGCCGCGGCGUGCGGAGAAGGAUAAGGAGAGCCUAAAUGGAGAAUUACAUGAAUUGAAGAUAGAGAAUAACCUUUUGAAGGAAAAAAAUGCUCUCAUGAACCACAAGAAGCAACGUUAUGAAUGUGAAAUAAAACGCCUCAAUAAGGCUCUGCAGGAUGCCUUGAGAAUGGAGUGCUCUCCAUCUCUUGAGGACUGUUCAGGGAAGUCUGAAGUGGAGUGCAGCCGUGAGGAGAUGCAAACAGAAAUGGAAGUUCUCAAACAGCAGGUGCGAAUAUAUGAAGAAGACUUCAAAAAGGAGCGAUCAGACCGAGAAAGACUUAAUCAAGAAAAAGAGGAGCUACAGCAAAUUAUUCAGACUUCUCAAUCCCAGUUGAACAGGCUGAAUUCUCAGAUAAAAGCUUGUCAGAUGGAGAAAGAAAAACUAGAGAGGCAAGUAAAACAGAUGUAUUUCCCAACCUGUAACUGUGGCUGGAAUUUCCACCUGAGGGAUCCAUACCUACUGAUGGACCCUGGGGCUGUGCAGGUCCCACAGAAGCACCCACCAGACUACCAGUGGUAUGCUCCUGACCAGUUUCCGCCAGAUGUGCAGCACAAGGCAAAUGGUCUCCCCUCAGAAAAGAAAGCCAGUCAGUAGAUGCACACACCGGCAGAGGGGCACACAGGCCGGGGAGAGCUUGGCGGAAGGCCCUCGUCCCCCUGCUUGCUGGGGCUCCUGUCUCCACCGCUGCACACCCCACCUUCACUACGGGUGCCCAGGCAUGGCUCCCCUUGGCAGGAAUGGAGGACGAAGCUGAGACAGCCGAGAUCCUGAUCGAGUCCAAGGAGCCAGAAUUUACAGCCUAUCACAACUUCCAGUUUCCUGGAAAUGAGAUUUGGCUGAUGAAUUAUGGGUGAUGCCUCAAAACUCUGUUCAGCAUAUUGCUGUUGGACUUUUAGAAAUGAUUUCAUGAUUUCAGCAGCUCCAUUUGUGAUGCAGUGAUAUUGUGUGUUGAUUUAAAUGUGUUCCCUGGGGGAAAAGUUUCUGCAAUUAUAAAAUUUUAACAUUGCUCCCAUUGUUUUUAUAGGGGCUUAGGUCUUUAGCCAGUUUAUCUAGAUGCUAAUUUCAUGAUUAUUCACCUCAGAGAACCAAUAAACAGAGUUGAAGAGGUGUAUAUACUUUCUUAAAUGGAUUCAACCUAAAGAAAAUAGUAAAUUUGAAACUAUAAACACAAAUCAUUUCUUUAAGAUGAGAAAUUGUGAGCCUACUUCAUUUUUAGGUGGACUAGAUUAUAAAAGAUAAAAUCCUAAAGUAAUGGUGAUGGC